GUUUGAGGGCAGCGGCCGCGGGGACGGGGCUCGUUCGGCGCUUCCGCGGCCGCUCCGGAUCCUGCCCAACCCCGCGGGGAGGGGCGCGGCGUGACGUCAGCACGGUGACGUAACACCGGGGGGGGAGGCGGAAAAACGCCUCAAAAUCCCCCCCAACCUUCCCCCCCCAAAAAAACCCUCCGAGCCCCCCCCAACAUGGCGGCGGCCGCGGGGGGCGGGGUCUCGCCGGGGGGCGGGGCCGCGCUGGAGGAGGAGAGCGAGGUUGUGCGCGUGCGCGUCAAGAAGAGCGAAGGGCAGCAGCCCCCCGAGUUCCGCUCCUUCGCCGUGGACCCUCAGAUCACGUCGCUGGACGUGCUGCAGCACAUCCUGGCCCGGGCUUUUGACCUGCAGGGGAAGAAAAGCUUCUCGCUGAGUUUCGCUGCCCGGGAUGGGCAGGGCCAGGACACCUUUGUGCCCCUGCUGAGUGACAGUGACCUGGUGACGGCUUUUACCUGGGCCAGGCCCAUCCUGAGGCUGCGCCUGGACGUCAGGAACCCCCCUGAGAGUGAGUGACACACCUGGGGAGCACCUGGGG